CGCGAGCUCAUUGUUGUAUUCGCGGGCAGGUCGACGGCAACUAGUGUUUGUUUAUUGCUGAAAUACGCGGUCAGACUUAGCUGUUGAAGACAAAAGCGAAUCAAAUUCUCUUGUUUUAUUUGGUGCGUUAAUUCAAAAUGAGCUACGGCAGGCCUCCGCCGGACGUUGACGGCAUGACUUCGUUAAAAGUGGAUAAUUUAACGUACCGCACGUCGCCGGAGACGCUGAGGCGCGUCUUUGAAAAGUACGGCCGAGUUGGAGACGUCUAUAUUCCGCGAGAUCGAUACACAAAAGAGAGCCGAGGAUUCGCUUUUGUGCGCUUUCACGACAAGAGGGAUGCCGAAGACGCAAUGGACGCGAUGGAUGGAGCGAUCCUGGACGGCAGGGAGCUCCGGGUUCAGAUGGCCCGGUACGGCAGGCCGCCAGACUCAUACUACGGCGGCGGGCGGCGCGGCAGCGGUGGUGGGGGAGGCGGUAGAAGACACGGUGCACGCCGCAGCCGAAGUCCGAGGCGCCGGAGACGCAGCCAUUCCAGAAGCAGGAGUCGCUCUCGUUCCCGCUCCCGGUCCCGCUACAGCAGAUCACGGUCACGCUCCUAUUCCCGCUCCCGCUCCAAAUCCCACACUCCCGACAAGAAGAAGUCUAAGUCUCCUUCCAGAUCCAGGUCACGCUCGAGAUCCAAAUCCAGGUCCCGUUCCCGGAGCCGAACGCCAGCGUCCAACAGAGAGUCCCGGUCCAGGUCUAAAAGUGCACCGAAGUCUGCUGACGAUGACGGACAGGCAUCAUCCUAACACUGCUCAGGGGUGCAUCUCUUCGCUCACCGCUGGCCGAUUAUAGCUGUCUGGUGUCGGACGGAGCCUGAGGAUCCACAGACUGAACACCCAGAAAAUCCACACCAUGGGCCUAAAGGUCAUUAUGACUGAUCGCCAUGAGGGAACUGUUCAGUUGUUGCAAAUCUGUUCUUUCCAUACAUUGUUCCCAUUUUUGCAGUGAGGUUGUUUUAAACGUGUAUGUGCUUCUGAAUUCGUCGAGUAGGACGAGCAUCAUUUCUAUUGGCCUUUAAGGUAAACGCAUCUCGGUGAUGGUUUUCUAGCGGCACCUCACUUUUCUGAUACAAGCACAUUUAGAUCUUUUAUUUUUUUGGAAAUAGGCUCUUUUACAGCUCCCCUGGAGUUAAGUGACUUUUACAGUUAUUUUUAAUGCAUUCAGCCAAUUUUUGGGUCUGCAGGAGCAGUUUUAGCUUAGCAUAAAUCAUUGAAUCGGAUUGGACCAUUAGCAUCUUGCUCAAAAUGAAAAAAAAAAAAUUGACAAUUUUCCAAUGUAAAGCUUGACUCUUCUGUAUUAACAUUGUGAACAAUAAUAAUUUUGGAGCGAGAUGCUAAUGGUCCAAUCUGAUUCAAUGCUUUAUGCUAAGCUAAGCUAAUAGUGCUCCUGCAGACCAGCUCCUGUAGAGUUAAAUAGGUGAGUUUUACCUAUUUUCAAUGCAUUCAGCCAAUCUCCAGGUCUGGCAGAAACACUUUUAGCUUAACUUAGCAUAAAUUAUUGUAUCACAUUAGACCAUUAGCAUCUUGCUUAAAAUUAAAUAAACAAAAAAUUUAAGGUUUUUGAUCAUUUUCCUAUGUAAAGCUUCUCUCUUGUUGUUACAUCGUGUUCUAUGACCGCAAAAUGAAAAGUUGUUAUUUUCUAGGCUGAUAUGGCUAGCUAUAGUCUCAUUCUGGCCUAAUAACAAUCCCCAGCUAGGUAACUAGCACUGUGUAAUAUGAUUUAUAUUUCAUUUAUGCCUGUGGAGAUGUAACUACUGAAGGGUCAACCUUAAAUUAUUAUUGUUUUUCUUUUUAUUAAGCGAGAUGCUAAUGGUCUAAUCCGAUUCAAUAAUUUAAGCUAAGCUAAAGUUCUCCUGCAGACCAGCUUAUCUGGAGUUAAAUAGGUGAGUUUUACCUAUUUUGAAUCCAUUCAGCCAAUCGUGGGGACGGAUGGAAACACUUUUAGCUUAGCAUAAAUAAUUGAAUCAGAUUAGAUCGUUAGCAACUUGCUCAAAAUUAAAGAAAAAAAAAACAAGUACAUAAUUUUCCCAUUUAAAGCUUGACUCUUCUGUAGUUACAUCGUGUACUAAGACCAACGUAAAAUGAGAACUAUACUCUAUAAUCUAUCUAGCAACUAUAAUUUAUAUAGCAUUUAUGCCUGGGGCGAUGUAAAUACAGAAGAGUUAAGCUUUAAACCGGAAAACGAUAAUCAUUUUUGAGCGAGAUGCUAACGGUCUAAUCCGAUUCAAUGAUUUAUGCCAAGCUAAUAGUGCUCAUGCAGACCAGCUCCUGUAGAGUUAAAUAGGUGAGUUUUACCUAUUUUCAGUGCAUUCGGCCAAUCUCCGGGUCUGGCGGGAGCACGUUUAGCAUAGCUUAGCAUAAAUCAUUGAAUCGGAUUAGACCAUUAGCAUCUUGCUAAAAAAAAAAAAAUAGUUUUGAUCAUUUUUCUAUUUAAAGCUCGACUCUUCUCUAGUUACAUUGUGCACGGUGAAUGAUAUAAAUGGAAAAGUUGCUAUUUUUAGUCUGAUACGGCUAGCAACUAUACUCUAAUCUAUCUAGCAAACUAUACAACUACAAUUUAUAUAGCAUUUAUGCCUGUGGUGAUCUAAAUACAGAAGAGUCAAGCUUUAAAUAGGAAAACGAUAAUCAUUUUUGAGCGAGAUGCUAACGGUCUAAUCCGAUUCAAUGAUUUAUGCUAAGCUAAGCUAAAAGUGUAGACUGAAUGGAUUAUAAAUGGUAAAAAUCUCUAAAGGAGAGCUGUAAAAUGUGGAGUGUAUCUUUAAAACCUGCUUUAAGUGAUUCCUUUGCUUUAUUCUGGAACCCGGUGAGUCUCAGUAGCUUGUGUUUGUGCUGCUGUAUGUUACAGUUCUGGUGUAAAAGCAGCGCUUGUGUUUCUUUUAGACAUCUUGCUGUGUGUGUGAUGUUGGAUUCUAACCCUGUGUCUUGUGUAUUUUUUGUGCACUAGGCGCAGUUGUCUAGCUGUUGAGUUUUGCUGGUUAGCUGUGUUGCAGUGCUGUGUCCGCCGGUUUUCUCCAGUUUGCUGCUGUUGCCGAGGUCAAACAGUAGCAGCACAUACUGUGUUGGUGGCAGAAAAACGCUUUCACUUUCAUUUCGUUCCUCCAUUUUGAAAGCAUCUUUAUCGAUCAACUUUGUUCUGUUCUUUUGAUUUAUUUAUUUACAUCUUUUGGGAGAUCUUCAAUAAACCAGUUGAUAAAAA